AUGUUGCUUGUAUUUGGUGUCGAGGGGAAGGCAGGGGAGGGCUGGCCCAGCUGGGACGGGGCAGAGAGGAAGCAGGCUGUGCUGAGUGUUGCCUUCCGUUACCUGGACACAUACAAGAACUGCUGCAGGAAGAGGGCGAGAGGUCCAACAGCUUCCCCAAGCUCCGAGGAGGACAAGGAGAUUCGGAAGAAGCAGGGCCGUCCUCUUUUCCGCCACUUCCGCCGCAUCGACGCCUGUCUGCAGCCCAGAGAGGCCUUCCGGGGAUCAGAUGAGAUCUUUUGCAGGGUGUACACGCCGGACCACUCGUACGUGACGAUCCGCAGCCGUCUGUCGUGCCGCGUGGGGGAGAUCCUGGCGCUGGUCAGGGAGAAGCUGCAGUACAGCGAAGACCAGCCAACCCAACCUGGCAACCUGCUGCUGGUGGCUGUCACCUCCGCCGGGGAGAAGGCCGCUUUCCGGCCUAGCGACGAGGCCGUCUUCACCACCCUGGGAGUCAACACUCACCUGUUUGCCUGCGAGCCCUCCGAGCUGGAGAGCCUGCUUCCCUUACCUGAGGAGAUCCACUGGUCGCCCGGCGACAGUAAACUCCAUGACAUGAGUGCUGAGGAGGUAGCCACUCAGCUGGUGGUGUUUGACUGGGAGCUCUUCAGCUGCGUGCAUGAGGUGGAGUUUGUGUGCUAUGUGUUCCACGGCGAGCAGGCUCGCUGGCGCCCCCUCAACCUCGAGCUGGUACUGCAGCGAUGCAGCGAGGUGCAGCAUUGGGUCGCCACCGAGAUCCUGCAGUGCCAGUCGCUGCCCAAGAGGGUGCAGCUCCUCCGCAAGUUCAUCAAGAUCGCAGCUCUGUGUAAGCAGCAGCAGGACCUGCUGUCCUUCCUAGCUGUGGUCCUGGGGCUGGACAACCCUGCAGUCAGCCGCCUUCGCCUCACCUGGGAGGGCCUMCCUGGGAAGUUCAGGAAGCAGUUCCAGCAGUUUGAGAGCAUUGCGGAUCCAUCCAGGAACCAYAAGUCGUACAGAGACCUGAUGGGCAGCCUCAGACCCCCUCUCAUCCCCUUCACACCACUGCUGCUCAAAGAUCUGACCUUCCUCCACGAGAGUUGCAAGUCGUUUCAUGGGGAGCUUGUCAAUUUUGAGAAGAUGCAUAAAGUUGCAGAGAUGGUGAGGAGCAUCAGACGAUACAGGAGCUCUCAACUAGCUCUGGAUGCAGAGCCUUCCCCCUCUCACCUCCAGACCAAGGCCUACAUUCGCCAGCUGCAGGUCAUCGACAAUCAGAACCUGCUCUUUGAAAUGUCCUGCAAGCURGAGCCCAAAGACAUGUGAGAGAAAGUGCGAAUGAGUGGGAGAGGGACGAGAAAGAGGGAGAGAUUGCCCCCAUACCCACCUUACCCCCCUUCUCCAUUGCAACUCUGCCCUCAAUGGUCUCAACCCUGAUUGGCUGAAUCAGCUAGCCAUUUUUGUAACCUUCCUAUGCUGGUUGUUUUCCUGGAUUCCUCCAGCCUCCUUCCCGGUCUGCUUGUCACGAGCCACUGCAGAUUUUGUGUACAAUACUCAGACKGCUGGAAACGGCUGAGAAAAAUGACUGGAACUCUUUUCUUUGAAGCCUUGUGCGUGUGACUUUGUGAGCAUGUUGUGUGAGGAGGGCACGAGGUUUCAGGACUGACUCGACUAGCAGAUUGGACAGCCAUUUUGUACAGAAAAUGAGGAUAAAUGAAUAGUAAGCUUUUGUUUGAUUUGUUUUUGUUUCCCCAACACCAAGUCAUGCUUCUGCUUUCACGUCCAAGUGAAGCCUGUCCAGUUUGCACUGCCACCAAACCCCCUUCCCCAACUGAACUUUUCUGAACUUACCCAAACCAGGAUGGUUAGCCCAAAUGGGGAAAGGCCGGCUUUGUUUUACUAGACCAGUUGAACUGAAGUCUCUUUGACAUUUGACCCCAAGACAGACUGUAUUCCUACUGUUGUCCCACCUUUUCUUUGUGAAGUACUCAGAUGUGAGACAAUCUAACUCCGUGACCUCUAACCUAACUCUUGACCCCUCCCCUCCAGCCAACAUGGGCACUUACCACCAACAGCUCAGUGGCAGCCCUCAACGAGUCAGCGACAGUUGGAAAGUAGAAGAUAUACUCCUAUGCUAGUUCCUACUAGUACUUCUGGGCUAAAAUAAACCCAGAGUUUAUACCUCUGAACAAAAGCUUCCACCGUGUCACAAGAAGACGUGGUAUUUCGGGUGAUGGUGGAAUGAAAAGUCUCUGAACCCCAUGAUGUGCUGCAGGCUUAUUGGCUCCCCACGUCAAAGAUCUCUCUCAUUGGUUGAGUCAGUUGUUGAGUCAGUUGUUCCACCCUUUUGGGGGGUUCAGACUGAGGCCGCAGGUUCACCAUCACAAGACAAACCCUUCUUUAUGUACAGAUGAUGGGAGGCCAACAAAAUUUGUAACAACAAAGCACUUUUGCCCGACCUCAGGGCACAUUUUCAGCAUGAGAAUUGUUUGUGAUUGUAUAAAAUGUUCAGUAUAGUUCAGUUCAAUAUCAUUUUUAUCGCAAUUUAACAAAGCCAUUGUCGCAGAACUCUCAACAAAAGAACCAAGGCCCGUUUUAUUCUAUAGGCAUGGUACCAUCAUCAUGGCCAGUUGUACUGCACCAUAGUUUCUAAUAYGCUGAUUGAUGAAUUUUCUCAUAGAAAGUAUAUGGAGUUGAACAACUGGACCCAGUGACGUUGACACCACUUGUUUGCCUGCAACUCUCUCAGGACCCCUGGGUCGCGACCUUCGCGGAGGGCUGCCUGGCAAUGCCUGUACGAUAAAGCUGUAAUGUAAAUAUUCUAUGUGUAAAUAGCUAAAUAAUAUGGAGACUCUAUUUUAUGUAAGAUGCAAGGAGAUUAUUUUAUUUGUUUUGUAAAUCUGAGAACGGGUGUAAAUGGAGACUGAAAUGGAGUCUGCUACUGUAGUCGAGAUGAAUUGUACAGCAUAUUUCUUCAGUUUUUUUUUUUUUUUUCUUAAGCGACUGGGAGGCCUGGGGUGAGGGAUCUUGACUCGCGUGGGGGUUUGUUUUUGUACAGAAGUCAGUGUUUACAGUCAUCUCUCCCGAAACUCAGAUGUGUCAUUAGACGUAGUCCAAGGUUAUAUCCGAGCAGUUGUGUCAAAUCAACCCUUAACCCCUAGGCAAUGUGUAGGUCUGGGAGGUUUGGAUAGGUGGUAAUGUAGUAAGACCUAAACUUUGCCCAUUGUGAUGGGCUAGAUGGAAGUAUCACUAUAUUGCUUACACCGAUCACUUGUUUAGGAGGUAGGGGCUGAGGGUUUGGGAGUCGAUCUGCUCUUUUUACCAUGGGGAGGCCCUUCACUCUGGUCUCGGAUACUACGCACCUAAAUAAAGCCUCUUCUGAUGACA